AAGGAGGCGGGGAAGAGUGGGGAAGAGCCGAGCAAAGGAGCUCGGCGGCGGGAGGGGCCCCGAGGCGCGGUGCGGGGAGGCCGGGCCCUCUCCGAGAACCGCUGUCCCGCGGGUAAACCUUCCCCUCCCGCCCCGCCCGGGACAGCAGCGGCCCGGGCGGCCGCGAUGGACUCCGGCAGCGAGACCCACGAGCUCAACGGGGCGGCGGAGGGCGCGGAGUCGGCGGCCGAGGAGCAGCACAGAAGGUGGCAGUGGUUCCAAAGGAACAGACCCAUCAACAUCAACCACUAUGCCAACAAGAAGAGCGCAGCCGAAAGCAUGCUGGACAUCGCCCUGCUGAUGGCCAAUGCCUCCCAGCUCAAAGCUGUCAUGGAGCAAGGGCCCUCCUUUUCCUUCUACGUCCCACUGAUCGUUCUCAUCAGCCUGUCGCUCACCCUGCAAGUUGUGGUGGGGGUGCUCCUCAUAUUCCUUGUAAAAUAUGACCUUAACAACCCUGCAAAACAUGGAAAGCUGAAUUUCCUCAACAACCUUGCAACUGGACUAGUAUUCAUUAUAGUAGUUGUGAAUAUUUUUAUCACUGCCUUUGGAGUGCAAAAACCAGUUGCUGAGUCAGCAUCAAGACAGUAAGGACCAGAGACCUGGAGCAUUCGUUUUAGAUGCCAUUUGCAGUUGAGCCAGCUACACUGGACACAGUGGGGAAGGAAAGAGAAUUUGAAGAAGCUGGACACACCAAGCAGCUUUCUCAAGCUUCCAACACACUUGUAUACCUGAAAUUUUCCCAUGUGUUAAUCUUUAACUGUGUGGCAUCUAGAAAAAGGUUGAUUUUGCCCCAAGGAUACUGUUUUUCUGGAAUAUUGGCAUUUCAAUUUCUGAAGAAACUUAAUUUUUUUUCAGAGAAGUGCCACAAACUCAGGAAACAAGGAAAUACCAUCUGGUAGCACUUCACUUUUCUUUUUACGUGCCUUUGGGUUUUGUGGAAAUUUGUCAUUUCCACCAUUGUAAGAAAUAUCAGGCAUUUGACUCUGACAUGGUCACAUUUUCCUUUAUUUCACAGCUUGGCACCUAGCCCAUGUAGGGCUCUUCCUUUGCAGUGGGUUAAGGUAGCUAUGCCUUGUUUUUCUUUUUUUUCCCCACUCUAGCUAAAGCAAAGAUGAGACAAACAGAAACAAGCAGCAUUCUUUUAUCUGGUUUUGUUCACAGGUAAUCAUUUGUAUUGUUUCUUCUGGACACACUUAAAAUUCCCUGUCCUUCAUGCACAGACACAAAUAACCUAAUUGUUAAUGGUUUCUUAUCAUGAACUGCUAUUCUGUGUAUUCUGUGCAUUAUAUAUAUUUAUUUGAAUCAUAGAGUAGUUUGGAUUCAAGGGACCUUUAAAAGAUAUCCAGUCUGACCCCUGCCAUGGCAGGGACACCUUCCACUGUCCCAGGCUGCUUCAAGCCUCUUUAUCCAGCCUGGCCCUGGACACUGCCAGGGAUCCAGGGGCAGCCACAGCUUCUCUAGGCACCUAGUGCCAGGGCCUCCCUACCCUCAUUGUAAAAGGUUCCUUCUUAUAUCAGAUUUCUGGAAACUGCCACCUUUUCUAGGCUCAGCUGGUAAACUGAAAGAUCCAGAGUGAACUUUUCCUGCUAAACUGGUACCAAGUGACUGUCAGCAGCAAUUUAAAUGCAAAAUGAACGGAGUUUUUCUCUUGUUUCCUCUCUCCCUUCCCAUCAUUGAUUGCUGCAGUUUUGUUACUUUUAUGAGUUUAUGGCUAAAAGCAAAACCAAUUUUUAAAUUUUUAUUUUUAAAUAUAUAUAGAGAGAGAUAAAAUUAUCUUUGAGGCUCUUACCUGCUGGCUCAGGGACUUAACACUUUUUCUAAAUGCACUAUUGCUAGUAAUGGUGUAGAUUACAAUAAUUUCUUCAACAAAAACAUUUUAGUCAUUUUAUUUCCAAAGUAUCAUACCUGCAGUCAUAAAAAUUUGAGUUUUCUAGGUUGCACUUACAUGUAGAUGCAGAUUUGUAUUAAUCAAUUUUCUUAGCCUCAAUUUUCAAGUGCUCCCUUGUACAUAAGAAUAGAAAUUGCCUUCAUGUGUCUCAUCUCAUUUACAGUUUUCAGUACUGUCCUUUCUCUCUAGUUAUGUCUCAAAGCCCAUUGAUGUACCAGACUCUCACGUAUGUUCUGUAAGAAGUACUAAUGAAAAACAAAUCAAACUUGUGUGAUUAGUAAUGGAAUAGACUGGCUUUUUUAUUUUCUAA